CCGCGGCAGAGGGCUUGGCCUGCAGCGUAACGUUGUCUCCGCAAGCACACGGCUGGCUGCGUGGCGUCGCCUGUGCUGUGGGACGCCGACACCUCAGGGUCUAGGCGGAAAUGCUCGGCGCCGCCCGCUUUGCACCCUGGGAGCCUCCAGCCCUUGGUGGUGUCGUCGUCUAAGGAAGCAGAGAACUCUUCCCUCAGAAACCGUUAGAGGCUUCCAGCAGGCGGGGGUGGGGGGGGCCCGAGGAGGAGCUUCAGGGCGCCCCCUCCUAUAAACCCCUGGUCUCCAGGCUCCCUGCCAGCCGUGGAGGCUUCUGAGAGGGCGAGUGCAGGCGGGCUGGGCCACGGCAGGUCACCUGGAGAGACUAUCCAGUAUCCACAGACAACACUCAUCAAUUUCUUCAUCUCUUGUUCUUGGAAUUCUUUGUUAUAUCACUGAAUAAUGGAUGAGGAGGACAGAGAAAAAGAGCAGAGGGAUGCAUCUGAUACAUCAGAAAAUAAAGAGAAGGAACAUGUCAGAGCUCUCUUCGCAAAACUACGCACCCUGCUGCAGACUCAUGGCUAUCCCGUAAAAGGAGACAGAGUGAAAACAGCGCAGAGCACUACUGCUGUGUCUCAGAAGGAAGACAAAGACAGUCCAGAAAGCUCUAGAGAGCAAUCUAAUUGGGUUCCAUCAUUCCACACCUAUGAAGACUUCAACCAUAUGACGCUACAAUCAUUAGAUGGAUUUAUGAUAAUACUGAGCACAGAUGGAGUGAUAAUUUUCGUGGAUGGAAAUAUCUCUUCUCUCCUUGGCUAUUUUUCAGAUGAGAUCACGGGUAAGACAUUAUUAAGUCUUCUGCCUGAUCAAGAGAAAGAUGAAGUUUAUGAAAAGAUUGCUCUGGAAUUUCCUUUGUCAUGCUCAGUAGGAAAACAUAUUGAGUUUUGCUGUCAUUUAAAAAGAGGAAAUGUUAAACAUGGUAGCAACCCUACUUAUGAAUACGUGAAAUUCAUUCUGAGUAUAAGAGACGUUUCUAGUGAGCUUUUGGUGCUCUUCAGUAGCUUCUUCUCCAGACGCUCCUACGAUGAGUCAUACGCUGUGAAUCUUCCUUUGAAGGAUCGGUUUUAUCUGGUGGGGACUGUUUGUAUCCUCAGGCCUCAGACCCUACAGGAACUUUGCACUGCAAAGGAAGCUGCUGAGGACAUUCCAGCAAUAGAAGAUUCGGAUGAGGAACACCUGUCUAUGGAGCACAGAAGUGUUCAAGGCCAAAGAAUAAGUUCUAGAAUGCAAUUCCUGCAUGAUGAACCUGAUGCUGCUGCCUCAGACGUCAAGCAGUAUGGAUCACAAGAAUCUGUUCCUGUAAUUCAGAUAGAGUCUGAUACAUCUUUUGACUCCAGCAUAUCUUCCCCAGAAACUAUACCUGACUCUCCAGCUACAUCAUCUUUGCAAAGCUUUGAAUCUGAACAUAAAGUGGAAAACGUGGAUGAGGUGGAAGAGGUAGAAGAGGUGGACCAGAUGGAUGAGAUGGAAGAGGUGGAGCAAGUGGAGGAGGUGGAGCAAAUAGAGCAGUUGGAGCAGGAGGCCCAGGUGGAGGAGGUGGAGCAGGAGGCCCAGGUGGAGGAGGUGGAGCAGGAGGCCCAGGUGGAGCAGGUGGACCAGAAGAACCUCUUGUCCUCCAGUUUGGCUGCUGACAUCAGUGAUCAGCCAUUACCAUCACUAUCAUCAAUUGCAUCAUACAUCGACAAACGUGAGCUGGAACUGAUGAAGAAGUUCAAAGAGCAGCUGGAAGAGAAGACUCAGAUGCUGCAUGCUGACAUCAGAAACCAGCAGAAGGCACUGGAAAUGAUUAGGGAGCAGCUUCAGGCAAUGCAGGAGUCCAAAUUUCAGAUGCAACCAAACACCUCACUCUACAUUGAAAAUCCUGAGCCCCAGUCUUUGGAGCCAGUGCCCAAGAAACGACGCACUGAGCAAAUGAAGUCCCUCCCAGAUCUCAAGGAGGCCAAAGAUUUCUGUGGUUCAUAUUCGUCUCACUCUUUCAAAUUCCCUGAGGAGCUUGAGGAGCCUUAUGAUGCCUCCACCCAGCAGCACCUGCAGGAGCAGGAACAAUACCUGCAGCAACAGAUGCAGCAGGAGGAGCUGCUGCAGGAACAGCCACAGCAGCAUAAUGUCGUUUUGGGAGAUGAAACACUGCAAAUAGGCCUGCCAAACCAAAGCAGCGUUUCUCUGCCCCUCUAUAAUGACCCCGUGAUGUUCACGCAGAGCCAGCCUGUCGUUCCUGUCCAAUUAGGAGAUGAGCAACAGCCCUCUGAGUACUAUCAGGACGAAAACCUUGGGGGCCAGGAAGAUGAGAGUCGUAGCUUUCUUCCUGAGGACCUGCGGGGGUCCUCCAUGAAUCUGCUGUCCAUGGCACGUAGCCCAAGCUCGAUUUCCUCUACCAGUUUUCCUGAGUGUCUCAUUGGUUCUGAUUCAAACUUAGUCCCCCUGGACACCUCGCAGGAGUACAUCCAUCUUUGGCAACAGCCACCAGAUCCACAGCAUGACCUUUACCUCCAAGAGGAUACUUGGUCUUCCAAUGAGCAGGCCAUCCUGCAAGACCAAGCUGCCUGGCCCCAGCAGGCACAAGCCCCUGAGGCAGGAGCCCAGCUACCUCCAAGUCCAGAGGCUUUCCAGGCCCCUGCUGAAUAUCCACCAGACCAAAUCAGCUAUUUCGUGCCUGCAGAGCAGUCCAGCUUGGAUGAACACCAGCACCAGCAGUACUUUCAUACCGAGUCUUGAGAGAAGAGAGGAGACAGGCCGAUGAGGCCUGCGUGGCUAGGGGACUCCAAGGCUUAUAGAGUCCCCUAGAGUAGGGGUUAGGGGGUGGGUGUGGAUACUUACUAUUCUUUCCUGAUAAGUUCUUUCUGUAAUUGUUAGUUGAGCACAACCUGUUUUGUGGAAGCAGAGGCAGCCUAUGAUCCCCAGUGGGCUAGUAUGUGACAGCAGCCAGGCCACAGCAGGAGACCGCUGUGCCCACCUGCCCUUCCCAGUCUCGCACACACCUAUUCUCCCAUGGGGUGGCAGGCUGCAGAGUCUCAUCAACUUAGAACACCCUUUUUCUGCCAAGAAAUAUUUUCCAGCAUGUUUUACUAUCUAGGAAGAAGCUGUUUUGUCUUAAGCUGCAAGAAUUCCAAGGCCUUGGCCUUGAUGAUGAAGCCCUGCAUCUCUUCCACAGUCUUUUGGGGAAACCCACAGGGAACAGCAUUACAACUGUGGGAAGCUGAAAUAAGGUCAACAGAGGCGCUUCAUGCUGAAAUAGUCACAACUUAACUGCUUAAUAAAAAUUGUCUUUCA